ACAGGAGAUACUGAUGCAGCCUCUAGAAACGACUGUUACCGAAAAGACUGUGAUGGAACAGUGUAUGACAUCCAAGAGGCUACUUGCUGUGGAAACAAACUUCACCCAGGUGGAAGUUUGUCUUGUUGUGGAAACGAGCCUUACAAUCCUGAAACAGCCACUUGUUGUAAACACAACCUCACAGCCAGUGUUACUCAGGGUCUGAGUGAAAAGGUGUCCAAGUGCUGUGACCUAAAGGUGUACAACCCAAUCAAUGAAAUAUGUUGUCAAUCAACCAUCAUAUCAAAACGUGAACCAAUGGCCGAAUGCUGUGGUAAAGAUGUUUUUGAUAAGGACAAGCAGUUGUGUUGUGGUCCAGCUGAUAAUAAGACAAUUCUGGUGAGGAAUUCCCGUCACCAUGAGUGCUGUGGUCACAGCCAGUAUGACACUGAGACUCAGUGCUGUUGUUCAAAUGAGGAGAAGAUGGAGAUACAACCAAAUAAUUCAUCCUGCUGUGUCAAGAAUUUAAGUCCAGGUGUGGAAAAACAGAUCACAGAGCUUCAACCCAACUGCACUGAACCAAACACACAUCUCUGUGGGUCAUCAUGUUACAAUCCAAAGGAAAGUCAGUGCUGUGAGAGAAAUCAAAAGCCACACUGGUUCUGUGCCUCAGGUCUAAGCAAGACGACACCAACUGUGUAUAACCCACGCACACAAGUCUGUUGUGAUGGAUGUGUAUCUGCGUGGAAGCCUUGGAUAGAUCAAGUAAUGGACUAA